AUGAAUCGAUCGUUCAUCGAUAAACGAUCUCUAUUCGUUCGGCUAAUAUUAAUAUUUCUAUUCUCUCUAAUAAUCUAUCAUCAAACGAAUAUACCGUUAAAAAAUUAUGUACCACAUAUUUUUUCACAACAAAGUCAAAGUUUAUUCAAUCGAACAAAUUACCCAAAAGAAGCUUUUGUUACAUUUACAAACUCACGGCAAAAUUAUAUAGAAUUACUCGAUAUACUUCUUGAUUCUAUUCAUUUAUUUUCUAUACGUCCAGUAAUUGUUUUUUCUAUUGAUUUUGAUUUAAUAAUCAAUUUUACACGACAUCCACAUGUUACAGUAGAACGAAUAUCACAAAAGCAAUGCGGUCCAACAAUAUUUACAUGUAAACUUUUAGCAAUUGUUUCCAGUGAAGUAAACUAUGGUAUACAACUUGAAGCUGAUUCUGUGGUUAAUUAUAAUAUUGACAUACUUUUUGAUAUGCUUCAUAUGUGGCCAUAUGAUCUUCCACUAGCACCUAAACAUCCAAAUGAUCCUCAAAACUAUCGAUUCUACAUGGAGCAAUAUAAUGUAAAAUAUAGAACAAUACCAUAUAUGCAUGGUACUUUUGUAUGGACGUAUCGGGCAUACCCGUUUAUUCGUCAUGUUCUUGCACUUAUGCAACGUGGAGCUUUCAUGGAUGCUAAUUGUGACGAAACAGCGAUGAAUAUUAUGUUGUGGAAGGCUAAGGCAAAUCAUACAUUAUGCAAAUAUGAUCCAUAUGGUCCACUAUAUAUUGAGAAGUAUGAGAAACCUGAGAAGACACCUGCAUGUUUACCUUAUUGUGAUGGAGUCUAUCUUGUUUUUCACGGUCAAAAAGAGAGUUUAGUUUCGAAAAAUAUAUUUAAACGUUUACGUUCACUUGGUCCUCAUCGACCAUUUGUUCAAACAACACAAGGUAUAAAAUGGUUUAAUGAAACAAACGUUACAUGUUGCCAUUCAUCAGCAACAAGACCAUCACCAUUACAUCCAAUGCUCUGUGAAUAUGAUAGGUUUGAUCUAGGAUAG